UACACACACACACACACACACACACACACGCAUGAACAUACUGAACUGAACACUUGUACUGGACUUCCUUUCCUAAAGAACACGUUGGAUAUUGACUCUGAACAUUUUGGACUUUUUAUGGAUUAAACACAGAACAUGAAGCGUGAGGGGACACUUGACUCUUUCAGACCUGGAAACCCAGCAGUAAAAUGGAGGAUAGCUUCGAUUGCGACUGCGGUGAGCUGGAGCCACCCGAUCACUGAGGGAGAGCGUUUGUGCUAAGCCGGGCCGACCUCGUGCUCCUCCUCGUAUUCCUCAUCCCCCAUCUUCCUCAACCCCCCCCUCCUCCCACCCCCUCACCUCAACCCACCUAACCCCGCCCCUCAGACUGCACGGUGCUCAGUUCAUUAGGAUCGUCAUGCUGCUGCCGCUCAGGACCAGUCGUACACUGGGCGUGUCGUCGGUGCUGUGAGGAUGCUGCUGCUGCUGCCGCGACUCGCCUUCACACCCGUGUUUCAGCACUGAUCAUUCCGUUACACUGUCUGCCAGUACUGGAGUAAACCCCGCCCCCCACAUCCUUAUUUACACACACCACAAGGAAUCGCCGUUUUUCAUUUCUCCUUACCUGGAAGGUUCUUAUUUUUAAGGUGCUUAAAACCGGCGUCCGAGAGAAUCGGAAGUAAAAAAAAAAAUGGCAGAGAAAUUCGAGAGCCUGAUGAACAUCCACGGGUUCGACCUGGGCCCGCGCUACAUGGACCUGAAGCCGCUGGGUUUCGGCGGGAACGGCCUGGUGUUCUCGGCGGUGGACCGGGACUGCGACAAGCGCGUGGCCGUGAAGAAGAUCGUCCUGACGGACGCGCAGAGCGUCAAGCACGCGUUGCGAGAGAUCAAGAUCAUCCGCCGGCUCGACCACGACAACAUCGUGCGCGUGUUCGAGACGCUGGGGCCGAGCGGGCGGCAGCUGAGCGAGGACGCCGGCUCGCUGACCGAAGUGAACUCGGUGUACAUCGUGCAGGAGUACGUGGAGACGGACCUGUGCAGCGUGCUGGAGCAGGGCCCGCUCUCCGAGGAGCACGCCCGUCUGUUCGUCUACCAGCUGCUGCGCGGACUCAAGUACAUCCACUCGGCCAACGUCCUGCACAGAGACCUCAAACCCGCCAACCUGUUCGUCAACACCGAGGACCUGGUGCUGAAGAUCGGGGACUUCGGCCUGGCGCGCAUCAUGGACCCGCACUACUCGCACAAGGGUCACCUGUCAGAAGGUCUGGUGACGAAGUGGUACCGUUCCCCUCGUCUUCUUCUCUCCCCUAAUAACUACACUAAAGCCAUCGACAUGUGGGCCGCCGGCUGCAUCUUCGCCGAGAUGCUCACAGGAAAAACACUCUUUGCAGGUGCUCAUGAGCUGGAGCAGAUGCAGCUGAUCCUGGAGUCGAUCCCGGUGAUCCACGAGGAGGACAGACAGGAGCUGCAGAGCGUCAUCCCAGUGUUUAUUAAAAACGACAUGUCCGUACCACACACUCCGCUCACUAAACUGAUGCCGGGGGUCAGCGCCGAGGCUCUGGACUUCCUGGAGAAGAUCUUGACCUUUAACCCCAUGGACCGUCUGACGGCGGAGGAGGCGCUGGCUCACCCCUACAUGAGCGUGUACUCGUUCCCCAUGGACGAGCCGGUGUCCUCUCACCCCUUCCACAUCGAGGACGAGGUGGACGACAUCCUGCUCAUGGACGAGAGCCACAGCCACAUCUACAACUGGGACAGGUACCACGAGAGUCAGCUGUCGGAGCCCGAGUGGCCCCUGCAGAGCGAGGCAGAGGAGGUGCAGCGCGACCCGCGCGCCCUGUCCGACAUCACGGACGACGAGGAGGCGCAGCUGGACCCGCGCAAGUACGCCGACGCCGAGAGCGAGAAGUUCCUGGACGAGCAGCCGUUCGACCUGGGCCCGCGCCACGACGACGACGUCCACCACGAGAACAAGUACUGCGAGCUGGAGUGCGGCCACACCUGCAACUACAAGGCGGCAUCGCAGUCCUACCUGGACAACCUGAUCUGGAGGGAGAGCGAGGUGAACCACUACUACGAGCCCAAACUCAUCAUCGACCUCUCCAACUGGAAGGAGCAGCAGAGCAAAGAGCGCGCGGCCGACCGCAAGAGCAAGAGCAAGUGCGAGAAGAACGGCCUGGUGAAGGCCCAGCUGGACAAGGAGAAGCACCACCAGCACCAGCAGGGCUUCGACUUCGACUCCUUCAUCGCCGGCACCAUCCGCCUCAGCCUGCAGCCCGAGGGCAGCGACAUCGGCCUCCUGAACGAACUCAACGAGAUCCACAGCUCCGUGUCUCAGCUCAGCAAGUCGGCCAGUCAGGAGAAGGACGAGAAGUGUCAGGUGAACCUGGCGCAGCAGUGCCCGUGGGAGAGCAGCGGGAACGAGAGCUGCCUGAUCGACGAGGCGUGCUGGGACGAGCAGAAGGACGGCGGCGGGUACGGCGGAGGCUACACCAGCUACCUGGACCGGCUCUUCAGCAAGAAGGACGAGGAGAACCCCUCGGUCCCCUGCUCCCCAGACGUCUCCCCGGACGCCGAGCCCCCGAGAGACGAGACCGUGCCCCGGCUCAACGGCGAGAUCGUCCUCGAGUCCCUCGGCUUCGACGCCAAGAAAUCCCUGCAGACGCACGUCAGGUGUUCACCGCAGAUCGUCCACAAGACCUACAGCAGCAUCCUCAAGCACCUGAAUUAAACCCACAGCGGCCAGACGGUUAUCACCUCGCCUCACAGCGUUCAGCGCGCGGCUGCAGGGGGGCGGGGCUUAGGCUCCCCGGCCAAUCGCACAGCAGCGGAGGUUCUCUCUUCACCAGACACGCGUUACUGAACACUGUGAUGUGUCGUAUAACCCUGAAACACACACACACACACACACACGAGGAGCUCGGCUUGUCCUUAUUUUUUUAUUAUUUUUUAAUGUUUAAGUGUGUUAUUUUACUUGAAGAUUUUCAGAACUUCACACACACACACGGCUCGUCUUCAAGCUGUAUUUCUGUUGUGUGUGUGUGUGUUAUUUCGAUACAAAUAACUGUAACAGAUUCACUAAAGAGGAAAAAAAUCGAUACGUUAAAGCUAAGCGAGCCUGGCACGCGGUUCACACACACACGGCGUACUGUAGACACACACACACACACACACACACAUGCUGGAGAAGUAGUAGAGAAACAGAUAUAUGAAUAUAUAUGAAUAAAAAGUUGAGUGAGGAAGGAGCGCCGCACUAACUGUGAGACGGAGGGGGGUGGGGUCACCUGGGUGUGAAGUCUGGCUCCGCCCCCAAUCCCCUCGCUCUCUUCCUCUCCACAUCACAUGUUUAUUCCUCGUCUUUCACACGCAGAAGUCGCUCAGCCUGGGUUUCCUCCUCUACGCUUCAUCUCUCGCCCCGUCUUUUAAUUCAGUUUAUUAUAAUUAUUUAAUUUUAUUAUUUAUUUCAUUUCUUAUUUAAGUUACUAUACUUAGUUUUCCCUCAGCUUAAAUUUUUCUUAUUAGAUACUAAAUAUAUAAAUAUAUAUUAUAUAAAUAUAUACUUUGUUAUUUAGGCGUUUUAUUAUGAAUGACUUUUUUUAAACUCCAACAUUUUGAUCAGUGUUUAAUUUUUUUACAUUUUCCAUUCAGUAUAUAUUUUUUAGAAAAGCCUCCAGCUAUCGGUUCAUUAAUUAUCAAGUCUGAAAAAAUACUUUGUUUAAAAUUUUUUCCCUUUUUAAACCAUUUUUUCCCUCGAUGUUAAACUUUUAGUAAAAAAAAUAUUUAAUUUUUAAAUCCUUGUUUUUUGGAAUUUAUAACUAUAACCUUUUAUAAACCCAAGUAAUAUAAUCCUUUUUUUUUUUUUUAUGUAAUUUCAGAUAUACCUUCUUCAUUUUUUUCCUUUUAAAAUAUAUUGAACUGAAAGCUCCGCCCCCCAACACACAAUGCUACUUUUUAUUUUGUAGCAGGUUGAUGCCCCCCCUGCCCCACAUUGAUCCAGAUGUUUGGAUGUUCUUCCUGACCCCGCCUCACUCUCACUGCCUACGAGCUCAAGCCCCUCCCCCUCCGCUCCUCCUCCCCCGGGGCCGUGGGUGUUCAGUCGGACCUGAGGGCAGCAGCUCAGCCGCUUCUUAUUUUAUUUUAUUUUAAAGCGUCGGUUAGCGUAAGUGUGUUAUCUACCUCAGAGGUAACUGUAGACAUGCGGAGCGUGUGUGUGUGUGUGUCGUCCCAUCCCAUGGCUGAUUAUUUUCUUUCUUUAGCUUCUUCUCCGUUGUUGCUGUAGUGAAGUGUUAAGAUCAUGUAUUUAUUUUAAACCGUAAGUAGUGACGUCUAUUUAUUUUAAGAGCCUCGUUAUUUCUCUAUGUGACCCUGAAUGGUGACUGAGGCAUUCAACUUCCACCCUGUGUGUCUGUGUGUGUGUGUGUGUGUACAUACAUGUGACUGGAGCAUCCUCAUGGUUUGUGAAGGACUGAAGUUUUUCCAGCGUUUGUUUGUAAGCAGACGCUCCUCCUUUUCUUUUCCCUGAGGUGUGGAGGCGCGGCGGUGGCGGUACGGACCCGGCGCUCCUGAAAGUCUUAAUUUGUGUCGUUUUCUUUUUGUACAGCCGUGCGGUGAGAACUCUGUGUGUGUGUGUGCGCGUGUGCAUGGACGCUGAGUGUGUGGAAGGUGGCGCUGAAGCGUCCCGGUGGUUUCCCGCCCCGGUUUUGUUUCCUCCCACCUGAGCAUGAUAACGGUUUAAGGUUAUUAGAGCAUGUAGUAGAGCUGUGGACUUCUUUCCUCUUUUUAUUAUUAUUAUUAUUAUUAUUAUUAUUGUUUUUUUAUUUGUUUUUCGGUUGAUGAACUGAUACUCCGUUGGUUCUCUGUAAAAUAAAACCUAAUAAAAUGGCCGGUGAAGUUA